CGCCGCCUGUCUGUUCCGUUUAACCGUUUCUGCAGCAACCACGGCCGCCUUCGUGAAACUCAGUACCAAGGCCAGGAUGCCCAUUGUGGGCCUGGGCACCUGGAAGUCUGCCCCAGAUAAAGUCAGGGGAGCUGUGAAGGCGGCCAUUGAUGCUGGGUAUCGCCACUUUGACUGUGCCUAUGUGUAUCAGAACGAGAAUGAUGUGGGAGAAGCCAUCCAAGAGAAGAUCAAAGAGAAGGCUGUGAGGAGGGAGGACCUCUUCAUCGUCAGCAAGCUGUGGCCCACAUUCUUUGAGAAAAGCCUGGUGAAGAAAGCCUUCCAGAAAACCCUCUCAGAUCUGAAGCUGGACUAUCUGGACCUGUAUCUAAUUCACUGGCCACAGGGAUUUCAGGUUUGA